CUUUCCCACCAUUCUAAUUUUCCUUUCUCACCCUCAUAAAAAUUCUUAAUCUUAUUAAUCAAAAAUUCUAAUGCGAUCGAUUUCCCAAAUUCAUUCCCAAAUAACUAUACAUUUAAUUACCCAAUCCUUUAUCCUUUCACACCAUUAAAAUUCUUAUGGUCAUUUCAUGCAACAACUACUCUUAUUGAAUCAUAUGUCCUCUAUUCUCCACUUGAUUAAUCUUGAAGAGAUUGAUGAUACCCCGGAGAGCGAGAGCUCAUCGUGUACAAGUGCAGAAAACAACCAUGGCAUUAUGUAAGAGUAAAUUUUGGUUGCUAAUUCUAUCAUUGUUCACAAUAUGGUCGCUUUUGAUUUGUCUAAAUUAUUCCUCUUUGAUUGAAAGUGUAGCAUCUCUAGCAAAAUUUUACGUGUAUUCUGUAAAUUACCAACAUCAAAUUCCAAUUAUUUCUAACCCUGGUGAUACAACAAGAAUUAGUUCCUCAAUAGAUGAUGGUUACACCAAAAAUACCUAUAGAAUUAGUGAAAAAACAGGUAAAGAAACAACAAAAAUAGAGGAAACAGGGGAAAGUGGGUAUGAUGAGAUUGACAAGCUUCUAGAUUUUAACAUAAAUGAUCUUGUUGAUGACAUUGAUCAUAAAACCUCUAUUAAUGAUAAUGAGAAGUAUGAUCAAGAGAAAUUCGUCAAAGAUAAGGCGGUAGCAAAGGAAACAAUAAAGGAAAAGACACAACAGAUUGCAAUUCCCAAGAAGAAAAAAAGAAAAGGGAGAUCCAAAAGGAGGAAACCUCCUAAAAGUUUUCCAAAUACACAAGAAGUGAAUAAUAAAUUUAAUCAAGAAACAUCGUGGAACAACAAUGUAGGGGAAAAGAACUCUAACGUCUCUGCUCCUCCUCCACCAUCACCGCCACCACCAUCUCCACCACCUCCACCGCCACCGCCAUCACCACCUCCACCUCCACGUCGAGUGUGCAAAACAGAGCAAAAAUCUGAUCCAAAAUCCUGCUCAGGCCGCUACAUUUUCUUGCACACUCUUCCUAGAAGGUUCAACGUAGACUUACUCAGGGAUUGCAAGUCCCUUGACUUAUGGAUGGACAUGUGCGAGUAUGUGAGGAAUUCGGGUCUAGGACCGCGUCUUCCAAACUCAGACCGGGUUUUCUCUGAACAUGGGUGGUUUGCAACUAACCAAUUCUUACUAGAAGUGAUCUUUCACAAUAGGAUGAAGCAAUAUGAUUGCUUAACAAAUGAUUCUUCUAUAGCAUCAGCUAUCUUUGUACCAUUUUAUACUGGGCUUGAUGUGGCACGACAUUUGUGGAAUACAGACUCUGACGUAAGAGAUUCGGGUGGGUUUGAGCUAGUGAGGUUACUAAAAAGGAAGCCAGAAUGGAAGAGAUGGUGGGGCAGAGAUCAUUUCUUUGCUGCAGGAAGAAUUACUUGGGAUUUUAGGAGGUCAGCAAACAAGAAUGAUCCGGAUUGGGGAACCAAAUUCCUUUACCUACCCGAAUCCAAAAACAUGACAGGUUUAGUAAUCGAAUCAUCCCCUUGGAAUAGCAAUGACUUUGGGAUACCAUACCCGACUUAUUUUCACCCAGCAAAUGAUGCAGAGAUCUUCCAGUGGCAAAACAAGAUGAGGAAACAGAAGAGGAGGAAUUUGUUUUCCUUUGCCGGGGCUCCAAGACCCGAUAGGCCGGACUCGAUACGUAACCAGUUGAUUAACCAAUGUGAGAGUGCCAAGAAAUGUAUGUUAAUUCACUGCAACAACUGGAAGAAUAAGUGUCAUAAACCAGCUGAACUGAUGAAGAUGUUCCAAAGCUCAGUCUUCUGCUUGCAGCCUCCAGGGGAUUCCUACACUAGAAGGUCCACCUUCGACUCGAUACUAGCAGGUUGUAUACCCGUUUUCUUCCACCCGGGUUCAGCUUACAUACAAUACUUGUGGCAUUUCCCUAGGGAGUUCACCAAGUACUCGGUUUUUAUUCCUAUGUAUGAGGUAAGAAAUGGAAAAGUUAGCAUACAAAAGGUGUUAGAAAACAUUUCUAGCCAAAGGGUUGAAAAAAUGAGAGAAGAGAUUAUAAACUUAAUUCCUAAGAUAAUAUAUGCCGAUCCAAGGUGUAAACUAGAGACGUUGGAAGAUGCAUUCGACGUAACAGUGAAGGGGGUUUUGGAGAGAGUUAGAAGGAUUAAGGAUGACAUGAGAAAGGGGAGGGAUGAUAGUUUUGGUUAUGAUGAAAGACAAUCAUGGAAGUAUAGGUGGCUUGGAAAGUUGAAGGAACAUGAAUGGGAUCCUUAUUUCUCUGGUUCUUUUGAUUCCAGGAACUUCACAAAUUUCUAGUUUAUUACUUAGUUUUUACUAGAGUAUAUAACUUGUUCUUGCGUAUUUUUGUAUUUUGUAGUUUUUGUAGGGAAAAUCUAAGUGGUUUAACUUAGUUUUCUUAAUGGCACAACAAGUGCAAUUGUUUUUCAUGCUUCUUGUGUUGCUAAGAAUGUCAUUCGAGGUCUA